AUGGGUGCUCAGAACGGAUCCACCACGACAUCGACCAAGCCCGAGGACCUCAAGUACCAGAAUGGCUUUGGCAACUGGCAAGAGUCCGAGGCCGUCCCCGGCUCCAUCCCGGAACGAGGCUACGCUCCCCAGAAGGUGCCGCACAACCUCUACACCGAGUGCUUGAGCGGCACCGCGUUCACCGUCCCACGCGACCACAACCAGCGCGCAUGGCUCUACAGGCUCCAGCCCUCUGCCGGUCACGAGCCGUUCGUCCCGUACAAGGGCCACGAGAGCAUCGUCUCGUCCUUCUACCACUUUCUUCCCGAGAUCGAGCCCACUCCCCAGCAGCUCCGUUGGGACCCCCUCACCGUCAAGGGUGCCAAGGACAAGAACUUUAUCGAUGGCAUCCGCACUAUCGGCGGCGCCGGCGACCCGCAGAUGAAGGACGGUCUCGCCAUCCACUGCUACAACUUUGGAAAGAACAUGGGCAACACGUCGCUGUACAACUCGGACGGCGACUAUCUCAUUGUCCCUGUCACUGGCGACCUGCUCGUGACCACCGAGUUCGGCAAGCUCCACGUCCCAUCCAAGUUCUUCUGCGUCGUCCAGCGCGGCAUCAAGUUCAAGGUCGACGUUGUGGAGGGCACCAGCGAGGACGGUCUCGCGCAGGGCUUCAUCCUUGAAAUCUACAAGGGCCACUUUGUGAUUCCCGAGCUUGGCCCCAUCGGCUCGAACGGUCUUGCCAACGCCAAGGACUUCCAGACCCCCGUCGCCUAUUACGAGGACAAUGACGAGGAGCACAUUGUCGUCAACAAGUUUAGCGGCAAGUUCUUCCAGUUCAAGCAGAACCGCUCGCCAUUUGACGUCGUUGCGUUCUCCGGCAACUACAUUCCCUACCGCUACGACCUGCGCAAGUUCAACGUCAUGGGCAGCGUCUCGUACGACCACCCAGACCCGUCCAUUCACACGGUCCUCACGUGCGUCUCGGACGUUCCCGGUGUCGCCGUCGCCGACUUUGUCGUCUUUGCGCCCCGCUGGAUGGUCAUGGAGGACACCUUCCGCCCGCCCUGGUUCCACCGCAACGUCAUGAGCGAGUUCAUGGGCAACAUUUGCGGCACGUACGACGCAAAGGCCGAGGGAUUCAUGCCUGGCGGCGCGUCGUUGCACAACAUGAACACCCCGCACGGCCCCGACGCCGACACGUACAAAAAGGCGACCACGGCCGACCUCAAGCCCCACAAGCUCUCCGACGACUCGUACGCGUUCAUGUUCGAGACGUGCUACCAGGUCGCGACGACCAAGUGGGCCGUCAGCGAGUGCGGCAAGGUCCAGCCCGACUACUACAAGGCCUGGGCGGGUCUUGAGCGCAUCUCCACCAUUCCUCGGCCGUAG